AUGAAUUGCUCGCCUCCCGAGAUGGUUUGCGAGACCGCCAUCGUGGCCGAGGAGCGGCAGUCGCUCGGGGCCGCCGGCAAGGAGGGACGCCUGCUGCCCCCCGCCGCCGCCCCCGCCGCCGCCGCCGCCGCUGCCGCGCAGAUGUGGCCGCCCGGGCCCGCCGCCUCGCCGCCCGGGGCCUCGGCCGGAGGGGGGGAGCGGCCCUCGGGGGCGGCGGGGCUCUCCAUCCGGCCCUUCCACCCGGCCGAGGGCGAGGCGGCGCGGCGCAUCUUCUACGAGGGCAUCCUGGAGCGCAUCCCCAACACCGCCUUCCGCGGCCUCAAGGACCAGCCGCUGGCCCAGCUGCUCUACGCCGCCAUGGCCG